AUGGCCAGAGACGUCAGUCCUCUGAGUCUGAUGCCUUUCUCUGCCGGGCAUCAGCAGUGGGUUGGGGCCUCUCUGGGGUUCACCCUCCCUGUGUUUCCUCUACGCUCUUUCAUUUUCUACUACUUCCUGUCAUGUGCAGCUGCAACCGGCAGCUUGCCUGGCAUGGAUCAUGACUACGGCAUUAGUCCCAAAUUUGUUUGCACUCCUAUCCCGCCAGAGGCUGACCCCAGCUGCUACUCCCCGCCCAGCGUGCCCCAUGGACCGAGCAGUAACGGCCACAGCAGUGACCACGGCGGAGGUAGCCGGCGCGGCGUGAUGUCCGACGAGGCCAAAGCCACCAUCUUGCACCUGCGUGAGAGCCUUGUGAGACAGAAGGAGACCAUUCUCGAUCAGCGGGAGACCAUCAGGGAGCUGACCGCCAAGCUCACUUUGUGCGAGGGCUUCGGCGGUCACCACAGCACCGGACACCACGAUAGCCAUCAUGAAAAUCACCAUGACAACCACCACGAUACUCAUCAUGACACACACGAUAACCAUCAUGACGACCACCACGGGCAUCACAACGGCCACCACACGUCAACGUCGUCCUCACACCACGGGCCUUUUCACGGCACCGACCACCACUACUCCCACGGCAGCCACAGGCCGGACACCCACCACAGGAAGGGCUCAUCAUAUGGGAAACACACCUCCUUCUCCCCGGAGCAGACGGGCAAAACGCUGCAGACGCUGAAAGAGAGGCUGGAGAACUUGCAGGCGAGGAACUCCUCCAGCUCCUACUCCAGCUCGCUGAGGGAACUCCUCCAGAGGAAGAUCGCCGCGCUGGAGGAGCAGCUGCACAGCUACUACAGAGACCACCACGACGACCGCCACGACGACCACCACGACGACCACCAUGACGACAACCACGAUGAACACCACGCUGACCCCCGGGGCGGCAGCAGCCACCCCGAUGACCACCACGACGAUCACCACAACGACCGUCGCACAGAUCACCACACCAGCCAUCGCAACAACCACCACGGAAGCAACAGGUACAACCAUCGCACAAGUCAUCAAAACCGCCACUACAACCACCAUUACGACUCGCACCACAGCCGGCACGAUGGUCACUACGGUACCCAUCACAGCAACCACCGCAAUGACCAUCACGAUGACCACGAUGACCACCACGAUGACCACCUUGAUCCCCACGACGACCACCAUGAUUACCACGAUGACCAUCACGAUGACCACGGUGACUAUCACCACGGAGCUGGAUACCACGAUGACCACCACGGUGACCACCAUGACGGUCACCACUAUGACAGCCACCACGACGACCAUCACCCGAGGCGUCAGCAGUCCGGCGGCAAAGAGACGAGUCCUCAGGGUCACAGCAAGCUGGAAACCGUUCUCAGCCAACUUCACCACGCCACCGGCGACCACGGAAAUCACAAGAAGCUAAAGAGUCCCAAUGCUUUCCUUCUGGACUUCCCUAUGAGGACCAACUACAUGUACGCCAGGAUGAAGCGGUCGGUCAUCAACGAGAUCUUUGCCCUGACCGUCUGCAUGUGGAUGAAGGCGGGGGAGGGACCGGGCCUGGGUACUCCCAUAUCUUACGCUGUACCUGGACAAGCCAAUGAGCUGGUGUUGAUCGAAUGGGGCAGCAACCCGAUGGAGCUGCUGAUCAACGACAAGGCGGUGACAUUGCCCAUAACCAUGACGGACGGAAAGUGGCACCAUGUGUGUGUGACGUGGUCGACGCGUGAGGGCGUCUGGGAGGCCUACCAGGAUGGGGUGAAAAAAGGCUCAGGGCAAAACCUGUCAGCCUGGCACUCGAUCAAACCAGGAGGGACCUUCAUCCUGGGCCAGGAGCAGGACACGAUGGGAGGCCGCUUCGACGUCACUCAGUCCUUCAUGGGGGAGCUGUCCGAUCUACAGUUCUGGUCCAGAGUCCUGACGGCCAAUGAGAUCCACAGCCAGGCGACCUGCGCGGGCCACCUCACCGGUGACAUCAUGUCCUGGUCAGAGGAGGCGGUGGAGCUCCACGGGGGACUCACAGAGUUCGCCUUCGACCCCUGCCACUAAAAAUAACAUCCCCAUCAAGAGCCGCAGCUUCAUCCCCCUGGACGCUGUUCAUCUCAUUUCCACUUCAAGAACCGCUCGGAGAACGGGGAAAUCGUUAUUUUUGCCAAGGAUUGAAGAUGGGUUCAUCGAUGUCGUGCAUGCCCUGAUUUCCUGUCCCGUCAGUCGACUGAGAUUGUUAUAACACCAGCUCAGCAUCGGGCACAGACAGAGCAGGGAGUUACUUUGUGUUUUUUUUUUUUUUUAUCUUCCUCCCUCCUCCCUGACGCUCUCAGCAAAGCGACUUUGAAGGGCACCGGGCUUUGGAUUUAACGGCUGUGUGAUCAUGACUCGGCCUGCUCUGAGAGAGCCAACACACCUAAGAGGAUUUCAUCCCAUCAGGACAGGUCCAAAAGGUUGCUGGUUGCUCUUCUGGUGUUGGAUUGUGAGCAACAGGAACAGGAAGUGAAAGAGUGGCUUAAAGACACAGGAUUCUUCUGAAUAAAUACACCUGGAGACCUGAACUGUGAUGAUUCAGACUUGUUGAUGAGGUGUUGAUCUGCUCGUUGGUUGUGCAGACGAAGGUCUAAUGUAUGUUUUUUUACAGUGCAGAUUAAAAAAAAAGAACAACCUACUGAUGUCAUUUUGCACGUUAUGAUUUUGGCAGAUUGUUUUUUUUUUACUAGUAUUUCAUAUUGAAAACUAAUGCGACCCAUUUGUUGCAUGGCUUUAACCUGAGUGUGGCGUUUUAAAUUAUCCGUCGAGCCAUUAUGUAAGAGUACAAGAAACAUGACAUGUUGCAUGACACACACAUGCGAGGACCCACCUGACCACCUGACCACCUGACCACCUGCAUCUCAUACAGAGUCAUGUCAG